GAAGAACUUCAGACCAUUGGAAAAAUUAUUUUAUACCCGCACCCAGUCGUAGUAAACAAACCUGAGCAACUCAAAAGGUGUGAUUAGCAGGACGGAGUGCCGGGCAUGGUCAGUCGUGUGGACCAGAUUUACCGAAGCAUCCUCCUCAGCAAGUUCUUUGUACGUGGCUGGGGGAAACCAGAAAACUUGCGGAGAAUCUUUGCUUUCCGAAAGAUCCUCUCAAAUCGUGAAAAAUGUCAGCAUCUUGUAGAUAAAAAUCAUCCAGUAACAGUAACAAAGGAAACUGACAAUGGGGACCAUAUCCUUUUGGAGGCAGAGUUUGUGUCCCCAUUUGUUGAGCAGCUUCCCGGCCUCCUUCCCAAGGAGUCAGAGAAAGCUACCUUUCAGUUUGUCUACCCCAAAACAUGGCGCACCCACUUGAGGCCCACAUGCCUACACCUCGCAGGCACUGGGGAUCAUGGGUAUUGGCGAAGGAGAAUGCUAAUGGCAAAACCGUUGCUUGAAGAGUCAGGCAUCGCAUCAAUCAUGCUGGAAAACCCUUUUUACGGCAUCAGGAAACCCAAAGAUCAGCUCCGCUCAAGUCUUCACAAUGUGUCCGACCUGUUUGUGAUGGGUGGCUGUUUAGUCCUAGAGUCUCUAGCUAUUUUCCACUGGUGUGAACGCAUGGGUUUUGGGCCCCUGGGCAUCACAGGCAUAUCUAUGGGUGGACAUAUGGCAUCUUUGGCAGCUACCAAUUGGCACAAACCUCUUCCGUUGAUUCCUUGCUUAUCCUGGAGUACGGCAUCAGGAGUGUUCACCCAGGGAGUGAUGAGUGGUGCCAUCAACUGGGAGAUGCUGAAGAACCAAUAUUUUUCAAAUGAGGUUUUCAGAGAGGAGCUUUUCAACAUGAUACAGUCUCCAGAAGGGCUGCCUCUGGCCACAAAACAUUUUCCAGUAUACCACAAGGUUGGCCAGGAGUUUGCCCGAGACUUUCCCCAGAGCCUUUCACAUGUGGAGAAGAUCAUGCAAGAAGAUAGUGGAAGCCAGAAUAAUCCUGCCUCAAGCACUCCCUACAAUUCCUCACAGAAUGACAGACUAGCACAGCACAAAGCAGAAAGAAAGGACACAGCUUUCAGAAACGCAGAAGAGAUACGUGAGCCGGACAGAAUGUACAGUAGUAUAGCAUCUGCUGGGGGGGGCUCACAAGGGCUGAGUCUGUCCCUUCCAAAGUUCAAUAUUUUGCAGAAUUUCAGCUUUUCGAAGAAGAAGGUAAGCAAGAGCCAAAGUGUAGGCUCGAACAAGGCCUCCAAGAACAUUCUCCUUAAGUACAAAAGCUCUAAGUCCAAGAUCUCAAAACCCGACUUCACUCCUGUGGGAAUCCGGCCCAAGAGUGCAGCACACAUGAAGACGGUGACAUUUGAGCCUUACAUGGAGGUGAAGGACACUCUGACAUGGGAGGCAGUUCAGUUCAUGCGGGGAGUCAUGGACGAGUGCACACACCUGGGGAACUUCACUGUACCAGUUGAUCCCUCACUCAUCAUCAUCGUGGCUGCCGAGAACGAUGGGUACAUGCCGCGUGAUGGCAUCAUCCCACUGACAGAAAUAUGGCCAGGAAGCGAGAUGAGGAUCCUAGAGAGCGGCCACAUUACAGGGUAUCUCUUCAACCACCAGGUGUUCAGAAAAGCAAUUAAGGACUCUUUUGAUCGAGUUACCGAGAAAUACUACAGUUGAUGCACAUCCGAUGUAGAUACCAAGAAGUUAUUCAUUUCCAUCAAAAGAGAAACAAAAACAAAAACAAAAAAAACAGAGAGUGAGAAAUUUUGCCCACAAGUUUAUGGAUUUUUGAUGUAUUUGAGGUAUUUUGGAAUGUGAGAGAUAUGCCUAGAAUUAUGUCUUUAUUUAUAUUUAUUUUAUUAUGAAGUCAGUGAUGUGAAGCUCUCACAAUAGUGAAUGCAUACUCUCUCCUCUCUCUUUUACUUUUUCUCUUUUUCUUCCUUCUGCUCUGUUUCACUUUUUUUUUCUUGCUCUCUUUUCCAUCCUCACUUUCUCUCUCUCUCUCUCUCUCUCUCUCUCUCUCUCUCUCUCUCUCUCUCUCUCUCUCUCUCUCUCUCUCUCUCUCUCUCUCUCUUUCUCUCUCUCUUCUCCCUCCCUGCUCUUUUUUUUAUCUCUCUCUCUUUCCUCUAUUCUCUUUAUCUGCACCUUGCCCUUUCAUUUUCUAUACAUUUACUCCAAAAGCAUAAAAUACUAAAUUGUCAAGAGUAUACCAACCUUAACCCAUUUGCAAUGGGCUGUCACAUAUACGUGACAUGCCCACUGUGAGUUUACUUGUUUAAUUGUUUUUACACAUAGAUGGCUAAACUUGUACUAAAACACCAAUGAGCCAAUUACGAGUACUGCCUGUCUCACCCGUUUACCCUUUUCUUUAAUUUACAAAAAUAUUUUAUGUUAUCUUAUUUUGCUAUUACUAUUGUUUAUAAUAUUAUAGUAAUUAUAAUGGGUAUAAUAUAGAUAACACCAUCAAUAUUCAUAGCACUAGUAAAAAAUACAUUUUCCCACCAAUUCAAGGAAAGGUGAAAUCAAGAAAGACAGAGCCAUCUAUGUGUAGAGACAUUUCACAAAAAAAUAUAAAAAAGGAGCACAGCAUUUUCCCCAUUUUUUGUUCAUUUUCCCCAUCAUGAAUUGGUUAACCCAUUAGAAGUACCUUUUGAAAUUUUAUUUUGAUGAGCUUAUGAUUUUAGCAUUAAGAUAUAGGACCCAAAAUACACAGAGAGUAUGCGGUAUCAUUGUUAAGUUUUAUAUGUUAUUUUCUAUACUUUUCUCCCCUUUAUUACAGCUCUUGUUUUGAAAGGGUAGGUUGGGCAUAUAUAGUGAUAAUAGCAGUGAUAUUACAGGUAUAUAUUUCAUUAUAUCUGAGUCAAAAUGGACUAUAUUAGUCUAGGAUUUGGUUGAUAGUUGCAGGGAAGUGUAACACUAGACCAGGGCAGAAGUAACACAUUGAAGCUGAGAAUUUGUUAUAGAAUUGUGUUUUAGACCUAAAUAUAGUUUGAUUCAUCCAUAAUAACUUUUGCUUUAGGAAUUAUGUUUUGAGAUUAAUGAAUACUUUAUGGUGAGGUUAAGAUAAAAUCAGUACCACAGCAGUGCAAAGGAAAAGAAAAAACAUCUCCAUAUUUUAUGGCAUCUUCCCAGAAGAAAAGAGAAAUUUGUAUAAAGUAUAAACAUUUGCUUGACAGUGAAAAUAAUCUCUGCACCUGUUUUUUUUUAAGUUAUUCAUGGCAGUUUCUGUUUUUUCUGUCUUUUUUUUUUUUUUUUCAUCUGAAUUUAUAGGUGCUGCAGAACAUUGUUUUAUCAGAUUUAGUUGGUGGCAUGUAAUACACUGAAGUCAUUAUUUUGGGCAAGUAUUUAAGUUAAUGCCUGUUGGAAACAAAACAAAAAUUAUGCACUUGAUCAGACUAUAUUAAGAGCUUUUACAUAUGCAUUGUUUCCAUCACAUAACUACUGUUUGUGAGAGCAUUUCAUAUGUGACUGUCAUCUGAUGAAACUCAUUCAUGCACUUAUAUUGUGUGGAAACUUACUGCUGAGAAAGCAAAGUUAUUUUUUGUGCCAUAUGAAGCCAAGGAAUCUAGUAAUAAUGAUGUAUCCAUGGCAUUCUGACUGAGUAAUUUGCAACAGAAAGAUAUAGAUAAAGUAAUACCUAUAAUAGCUUGAUCUGUUGAACAGUGUAGUUCACUUUUCAAAGAUCUACACUGGUAUUAAAGUAAAUGUUUGCCUUCAAUUAUGAUUAUUAUGUGAUAGAGAAGGUUUUUGUGAUAAUUCCUUUCAGUCGGCCAUUAGAUUAGAUUCUAUGGAACUCUAAUGCUUGGCCUUGAAAGAUGAAUAUUUAGUCUGAUGCAGAAUUUAGGUUUAGGCAGAAAAUUGAACAACUACUAUUUGUUUUGUGUAUGUGCCUGUGUGUAUGUAUGGAUUUUAAAAUGGACACCGUAAUGCAAAGUCACAGAAAUUUUUAAAGGUACACAUGCUGUCUACUUGUCUUUUCAUUCAUAUUUGCUUUAGAAGCCCCAUGAAUAGGGAUCCAAACUUCACCCAAGUAGUUUUUUCGUUCAAGGUAUUUUUCUAGUUUUGCUACUUUUAUACAAGCCUGUAAAUUCUUGUGUCAUUGUUACUUUGUUUAUUGCUGAGAUAUCAAAGUGUAUGAUCUGCAGAACAGAAGAAAAUCUGGUGUAGAAUAUCAUUUGAUUAUGGAAGAAAUAUUUUAGGAUUAUAUAUAUUUUUGCUAGUUGCUUCAGUAGCAGAAAAAAGUUUGGAAAUACAAAUAAUUUUUGUCACGAAUUUAAGCUGGAGCUAUAAUGACAUAUCCCAGUCUUGGCUUCAGAGAACCUUCUCUAUUAAGCUUCGAUUGGCAAUGCAAUUAUUAUUCAGUAGUGCCAAUUCACUUUUUGCUUGAAUGAUUAGCUAUCACUAGUUUAGGGUAUGAAGAUGUUAGAUUGUGAAAUCAUUAAUCAUAUACUAAGGAUAUUUCACUUUAUAAAUAGUAGUCCUCGGUAGUUAUCAAUAGAAUAGAUCAAAGGUCUGAAAUAUCCAUUAUACAAAAACAUUUUGAAAUGCAAUUAACUUUACACUUUACAAGACAUCUUUGCUAGAAGCAUUGAUGGAUGAUCAGCUAUUUAUAUUGUCAAAGAUUGUGUAAAAUAAGUUCCCAGUCCAUUGCCACAGUGUAUGAUUUAUUUAUGCAUUUCAGUUUAUUGUAAUGAACUAUGUUAAGACAUCAUGUAGAAAACUUCAUAUUUGAUUUUUUUUCUUUCUUUCUUUUUUU